GACUACAGGGGGGAGACACAUCUCUCCCCACCUCGCUUCGCACCUCUCCAGCCGCCGCCUCCUCCUUCGCCGGCGUCGACGAUGGGUGACUAUGGCCACGGCGGGGGGCAGAUGCGGGGCAACCCGGACUCCCGCCCCAGGGGCCAGGGCCAGCGCCCUAACGUCCAGCAGCUCAAGCUCAUGGGGCAGAUCCACCCGACGGGGCUCACGCCCAACCUGCUUAAGCUCUUCGAACCGCGUCCACCGCUCGAGUACAAGCCCCCGCUGGAGAAGCGCAAAUUGCCGGCCUACACCGGGAUGGCACAAUUUGUGUCGCACUUUGCUGAGCCCGAGGAUCCAGAGUAUGCUCCGCCAGUACCCAAGUGUGAGACCAGGGCAGAGAAGAAGGCUAGAAUUCGCAAUAAUAAGCUCGAGCAAGGCGCAGCUAAGGUUGCUGAAGAGCUUCAGAAGUAUGACCCACAAAGUGACCCCAAUGCUACUGGAGAUCCAUACAAAACACUCUUUGUUGCUAGACUUAACUAUGAGACAUCUGAGCAGAGGAUCAAACGCGAGUUUGAAGGUUAUGGUCCUAUUAAAAGGGUUCGUCUUGUAACUGAGAAAGAUACAAGUAAACCUAGAGGAUAUGCAUUCAUUGAGUAUGUGCACACACGAGACAUGAAAAAUGCCUACAAGCAAGCAGAUGGGAGAAAAGUGGACAACAGGAGGGUAUUAGUUGAUGUUGAGCGAGGCAGAACUGUUCCAAAUUGGCGUCCUAGGAGAUUGGGUGGUGGGUUGGGAUCAAGCAGGAUGGGUGGUACUGAUACUGACAAAAAGGAUUCCACUAGGGAGCAACAACAAGGUGGACGCCCUAGAUCAGAAGAGCCUCGGAGGGAUGAUCGUCGUGCCGAUAGGGAUCGUGAAAAAUCUCGUGAAAGGGUACGGGAAAGAGACCGUGAGGAGAGGACCCGUGAACGUUCGCAUGACCGGACUCGUGAUAGAGAUCUACGAGAUGAGAAGCAUCACCAUAGAGACCGUGAGAGGACUCGGGAUAGGGAGAGAGGAAAGGACCGUGAAAGAGACCACGGCCGUGACCGGGAGCGUGAUCGUCGUGACAGGGACAAGGAUCGUGGUCGGGACUAUGAUAGAGAAAGGGACCGUGGUCGCUCUCAUGAUCGCCAUCGUGAGAGAGGCAGGGACCGUGGUGAAAGAGAUUAUGAGCGCACCAGCCAUGAACGUGACCGUGGUCACAUGCAUGAGAGGGAUGCAGACUAUGGCAAUGGUGGGACAAAGCAUGACAAAAAUCUGUCUAGUUAUGGGCAGGAUUAUGGCUAUGGUCAGUAUGAGCAACACAAAGGUCAUGAUGCAUAUGGUUACAGUCAAGAUGUACGUGGACAUGAAACUGAACACUCAAAGCGGCAUGAGCACGAAUAUUAUCGUGUUGACUCGUAUGGUAAAAUGGAAGCUAACUAUCAGAUGCCGCCAAACAAUGCUGAGCCAGAAGGCCCUGAGGAAGGUGAGGCAUAUGAGGAAGGCGACUACCAGUAUCACCGGUCUGGUGAACACAUGAAGGAAGCUUGAUUGCAGCGAUGAGAUUUGCCUGCAGCUUUAUACUGAUACACAACGAUGGUUUCAAUGUUGGUUCUUUGUAUGAAUUAGUUUCAGCUGCAUAGUGCCUGUCAGUUGUGUUCUUCCAUGUUGGGGAAUUCUCAAAAGGAAGCAAAAUCUUGCCCAACUGCGUGGAUUUUUGAAUUUGAAGCCUAUGGCUGCCAAUAUCUUGUGGAAUAAGAUAUUUGUGUAAUCUGGUUGUGGAGAUCCAUAUGAUCUGCCGUUAUCCAUCUACUCUUCUGUUAAGAAGUUUUGUAUGACAGUUCCUUCAAAUUAUUUGUUCCAACAUUUUGCAGAACUUCAGAAUUGUUGUUC